AUGCCCAAAAAUAAAGGAAAGGGAGGAAAGAACCGAAGAAGGGGUAAGAAUGAGAACGAGACGGAAAAGAGGGAACUGGUGUUCAAAGAGGACGGACAG